GCAUUAGUUAGGGUCCUAAGUAUUUAUGAAAAUAAUGUUUCAAUUCAAUUGAGCAAUGCUUUCUUUGACCAAUUCUAUAUGGAAAUGAAUGCGUUUGCAAACGAUGUUUUCGGCUAUGAACAAAUGUUGGAAUCGAAUGAAAAAGGAAAGAAACGCGAAAUGAUAAAAAAAAUUCUUGGAAAAUUUAAAAUGAAUGGUGCUUCAUUGGAAAAAUUCAAAGAAGUAUACCACACAACAACUCAUUCCAACUCUGAUUUUGAAAUUCUGUUGGAAUUGGUGAUCGAUAAUUUUGUCACUAUAAUGGUCAAUGGAAAUUUGCGUGUAUCAGACCCUGCAUAUUAUUUACCAUACCAACUUUUUAUGGAACAUAUGGACCAAAUGAACACAAAAAAAUAAUUUAGUUUUGUUUUGAUUUUUUGCAACAUUUUGGUUUUCAGUUAAUACAAUAAAAACAAUACUGUUUUUUCGUGAACACAAAA